CAACCUCUGGAUUGGUUCACCACGAAUGGACAUGUCCUGUGACAAGUUGGUAAAUUUAAGUAUUCUCGAUUUGGAAGAACUAGAAUCUGUUCUUCGGCGGCAAUGGGACCGAAAUGAAAUAGGCUGCAGGACAGUACAGAACUAUCUCAAUUGGCUACGAGUCGACUCGGAUAUUGAGGAUUUGAAAAUCUUCAGCCUAAACGGGAAUUGGAGAAACGAUGGAACUUUCAUUAUCAUUGAUUGUAUCUAUAUUUACAUUUACAACUUCAAAGAAAGGAACGAUUCGAUGGAACGUGCCCUAAGACUGCUGGAUUGGAAACGCAGCUAUAGUAUAUGCAUGUUCCCGGAAAGAUUCAAACUUUCGAUUACGAACAUCUUUCGAGAGCUGAAAUUGGAAACUUCCCUAUUCACAGAGGAUAUCAUUUACUACUUACCCUCGGAUGCGGCCGAUCGUUUGAACAUUGAUCUUCCCGAAGGCUAUCGGCUAGCGCCCCUCGAACGGAAACACGCGAAACAGAUCAACGCCAACUGGGAAUUCAAAGCGGAAGCGGAAACGGAGCGCUUCAUUGUACGGUUGAUCGACUCCGGCUGUAAUGUCACCAUUGGCUUAUUCAUCGAAUCCUCUGAUGAACUAAUCGGUUGGUGUUUGCAGUCCCCUUCAGGGGAAAUUAGUCUACUGAGUGUUGACCACCGAUAUCGUAGAAAGGGGUUCGGUGCGCUGCUAGUUACGGCCUUCGUCAAACGAAUUGCUGCAAAUGGACUGGGAAGCUACGCGAGUGUUGUUUUAUCUAACGAGCCGUCUCGGAAAUUGUUUAAGCGGUUGGGGUUCUACGAAAAGGAGAAGGUUCAUUGGAUCGUUAAUAAGCCCAAACAAUAAAUUGGUCAGUGGUGUGAAUCGAUUAAUA